AGAAAAAUUACAACCGCGGCAGUUCACCACUUCCGCACCGACUCUCCCGAAAUGUCUUGCUGGGCAGCAGGGCGCCGCUCAUCGGCGUCGGCCAUGGCGGAGAACACCGGCGCGCGGGGCGCCAAGGAGGCAGUGGUGACGUCCGGCAAGCGCGUCGCCCUCGGGAACCUCACUAACGUCUUCCGCGGCAGCUGGGGGUCCGGCGCGGCGAAUUCUGCGUCCGAUGCGAAAUUGAGUUCUACCAAACCAGAUGAUGUUAAGAAAGGAUCCUAUGCUUGCCUGCGCAAUGUGAACACGGAACGGGGUUCUAGCAGAAGGCUGGCCUCUGAACAGUUUGAUCAGGCAGUAUCACUUCUUCAGAAGAACACAUCUCUUCCUUCUGUGCCAGACGUUGUAUCAACAGGUUGCAGCUCACCCGGCCUGUCUCAGGAUUGCUCGGUCUCCAUGGAGGAUGCUAUGUCAACAUGCAACUCAACAGAAAGCUCUGAUGUUGAGUACCUCAAUAAUAAUGACGACCCCUCAAUGACAUCUUCUUCGCAUUGGUGGGCCAGUGAUAGACCUCAUUUCUCUGAUAGUAUGGAUGUUGCAGAAUUCAACUGGAGGAAACAUAGUCCUAAUCAUUACACCUAUAAGGAUCCACGACUUUCUACAACUCUUGCCUGUGAAAUUUACGAGAGCUUGCGAGAGGCUGAGACUAGGAAAAUGCCUCCAACAAACUUUUUGGAAACCACUCAGACAGAUAUGAGCAAAACCAUGAGGGCAAUAUUAAUAGACUGGCUUGUAGAAGUCACAGAAGAAUAUCGUCUUGUUCCUGAAACCUUAUACCUCACUGUCAAUUACAUUGACCGUUAUCUUUCUGUCAAAGAGAUCAGUCGGCACAGACUGCAAUUAGUUGGUGUUGCUUGCUUGCUUAUAGCUGCAAAGUAUGAAGAAAUAUGCCCACCUCUGGUAGAAGAACUCUGUUAUAUUACUGACUAUUCAUACACCAAGGAAGAGGUUUUGCAAAUGGAAGCUUCUGUUCUGAAUAACUUGAAAUUUGAGAUGACAGUACCUACAGCAAAAUGUUUCUUAAGGAGAUUUGUACGUGUUGCUCAAGUUCCUGACAAGGUACAUGUUUCACUGUUUUGCAGUUCCUACCAAUUCCAUGUGCUGGUUGAUUUUUUUUUCUUUCUGCAGGGCUCAUCUCUGCAUCUUGAGUUCUUAGUCAACUACAUUUGUGAGCUGUCACUUCUGGAGUACAGCUUACUUUGCUAUUUACCUUCAAUGGUAGCUGCCUCUUCUGUUUUCUUGGCGAAGUUUAUCCUUAUGCCAAUAAAAAACCCAUGGAAUUCCUCACUUUCUUACUACACGCGGUAUACACCAUCUGAGUUGCGUGGUUGUGUAAGGGUACUGCACCGGCUCUUCCGUUUGGGCCCUGGAAGCAAUCUUCCUGCAAUUAGAGAAAAAUACAGUCAGCAUAAGUACAAAUUUGUAGCAAAGAAGUACUGCCCACAGUCAAUCCCUACUAAGUUCUUCCAGGAUCUGACAAGUUAGAAGCCAAGAUUACUUCUAGUUACUCAAUGAAACCUUCCUGAGGUACUUAGUGUGAUACUAUGAUAUUGAUUUGACAGAUAGUUUUGAAUGCAAGGCAUGCGCGCGGCCUUGCGUUUAGCAGAUAAACAGGUUCAAGUAAACUGUAUGUCACUUGUGGCAAUGUUGUUUCAGUGUUGUGCUUUGAUUGCUUCCAGCAUCGUCUUAUACGUUGCUGUUGUGGUCUUCUCACGCUGUCUAGAACUUUUAUUGUAUAGUUCUGGACCUUGCUCAUAACAAGGGUAGAUAGUUUGGCUAAAGAUAAAGUGUACUCAUUCUCUCAUUGUUAUCUACGUGUUGCUUCUGUAUUCUGAAGAUUCUGCUCUGAAACCCAGCAAAUGUAUUAUCAGGCAUCAGAA